CUAAGGAAAAUGGCUUCAAAACAAAGCCAUAGUUGCCUUAGCUUUGUGCUACUUGUUGUUUUAAUUGUAAUUGCAAAGGCAAAUGGAGAACCUUCCCAUAUCCCAAUUGAUGUUGUGAGAAGAAGUAGCUUUCCCAAAGGUUUUGUUUUUGGCACAGCAUCAUCUGCAUAUCAGUUUGAAGGUGGUGCUUUUGAAGAUGGCAAAAGACCAAGUAUUUGGGAUAACUAUACUCACCAACAUCCAGAGAAAAUCUAUGAUCAUAGCAAUGGAGAUGUUGCAGUUAAUCAAUACCAUCGGUAUAAGGAAGACGUUGCCCUAAUGAAGAAAAUGGGUUUUGAUGCUUACCGAUUCUCAAUUGCGUGGUCUAGAGUUUUGCCAAAGGGAAAACUUAGUGGAGGUGUGAACAAGAAAGGAAUUCAAUACUACAACAACCUCAUCAAUGAAUUGCUUGCAAAGGGCAUUCAACCUUAUGUCACACUUUUUCAUUGGGACACUCCCCAAGCUUUAGAAGAUGAAUAUGGAGGGUUUUUAGGGCAUCAAAUUGUAAAUGACUUUCGAGACUUUGCUGAAGUUUGCUUCAAAGAGUUUGGGGAUAGAGUGAAACAUUGGAUCACCUUGAAUGAACCAUGGAGUUUUGCCAUGGGAGGUUAUGCCCAAGGAGCAUUAGCUCCGGGUAGAUGUUCUUCUUGGCAACCAUUUAACUGUCUUGGUGGAAAUUCUGGCACUGAACCAUAUAUUGUUGGUCACAAUCAAAUUCUUGCUCAUGCCGCUGCUGUCAAAGUGUACAAAACCAAAUAUCAGGCUCAUCAAAAGGGUGUGAUUGGUAUCACAUUAGUGUCAAUUUGGUAUACUCCAUACUCAAAUAGUGAGGCUGAUAAAAAGGCUGCAAAUAGAUCUCUUGAUUUUGCUCUUGGCUGGUUCUUGCAUCCACUAACCUAUGGAGAUUAUCCACCUAUAAUGAGGGAACUUGUGAAGGAGAGAUUACCCAAAUUUACAAGGGCAGAAGCUGCUCUUAUCAAAGGCUCAAUGGAUUUUCUUGGAUUAAAUUACUACACAACUAAUUAUGCUAAAGACAAUCCCAAAGCACCUGGCCCUCAACCAAGUUACUUAACAGAUUAUAGAGCUGAUCUUUCAACUGAUCGAAAUGGGGUCUCAAUUGGUCCAAAGUUUAAUGCAACAUCUUGGCUUGCUGUUUAUCCAAAAGGAUUUAAAGAUCUAUUGAUCCAUACAAAGACCAAGUACAAGAAUCCAAUUAUCUAUAUCACAGAGAAUGGAUACCUUGAUAUUGAAGGUCCUCCACUUAAGGAAAUGCUCAUGGACAGACGUAGAGUGAAAUACCAUCAUGAUCAUUUGAUGGCUCUUAAAGAAGCAAUGCAGGCUGGUGUGAGGGUGAAAGGAUAUUUUGCAUGGUCAUUCUUGGAUAACUUUGAAUGGGCAAGUGGAUAUGUGAUUCGUUUUGGCCUCACUUAUAUUGACUACAAAAACAAUUUGAAGAGAAUUCCAAAGCUAUCUGCCAAAUGGUUUGAAAAUUUCCUCAAAAAUUGAAGAUGAUCCAUCACAUUGAAUUACAUUGUCCCUCUUAUUAAUUUGUUGUUGUAUUUUCAUGCGCUUUCAAUUUCAUUAAUAAUGUAUGAAGGAGUUGGUUUUCUUUAGUUUGAAAUGGACAAAAUGUAUUGUUUUCUAAUAUAUAAUGUGGCAAGAGUUGCUUUUGCGAUCAAUAAAAUAAACUUUAUAUGCAUAUUUAAUUAA